UAAGCAGGUAGCGCAAGGCAAACUCUUUGCUUUUUGUUACUAUUUUCUGUCCAUGAUCACAGCACAACAAUAUGGGAUCAUACGAUAGCGACUCCUCUGGAGAGGACCAAGAUUUCACCGAAACCAAUGUCCUUCUUGGUUACACCUCCAAGGAUGCCGGCAGCGAGACCGUGAGCCGUUUGGGAGGACGCCCGGACUGGCUCGUCACGGACAAGCCACCGACGGCGGCGCUGGCGCGGUGCAAAGUCUGCAAGGACCUCACGGUCCUCCUGCUGCAGCUCAACGGCGAGCUGCCCGAGCGCUUCCCCGGCCACGAGAGGCGCAUCUACGUUUUCGCCUGCCGCAAGAAGUCAUGCAGGCGACAGGCGGGCUCCAUCCGCGCCAUAAGAGGCCUGAGGGUGUCGGCCGCGGCCGCGGCGGCUGCGGCGGCGGCUGCCGAGAAGAAGGCGGUGGCGGAGAAGCAAAAUGCGGCGGCUGCCAAAGAGGCAUCCAAGCCUGUGACUAGCACCGGCCUGGGGGAGUCGCUGUUCGGCGUCAAGGCGCCGUCAGGCGGCGCCAACCCCUUCGCGGCGCCCGGCGCAAAUCCGUUUUCCUCGGCACCGCAGGCGUCUGCUGCCAACCCCUUCAGCACCAAGCCCCAGGCGCCCGAGCCCGCGAAGGAGGAGAAGCAGAAGGAGAACGCGCAAAAAGAAGAGCUAAAAGCAACAAAAUCCGUCGCCGAGCUGCCCCAAACCUUCGCCGAGAAGCUGGCACUCAACAACCCCCAAGCGCCAUCCGGCCCCCCGCCGCCACCGGAGCCGUGGCCGGCCGAGUCGGAGCCGGGCCAGCCGCGGCCGUACCCGGUGUCCUGGAUCGCCGAGGCCGAGUACGAGACGCUAGACCCGACGCCGAUGCCGAGCGUGCCGACGGGCCCGACGGUCAUGGAGCUGGACGAGGAGGCGGCCGGCGGCGGCAGCAGCGGCGGUGGCAAGGGCAAAGAGGACAAGGAGGUGUUCGAGUCGAGCAUGGACACGGACUUCCAAAAGUUCGCCGACCGCGUCGGCCAGAACCCGGACCAGGUCAUCCGGUACGAGUACGCUGGCGCCCCGCUGCUCUACAGCCGCGGCGACGACGUCGGGCGCGCGCUGGGGGCCGCCGAUGACGAGGAGGAUGGCGGCAGAAAGGUCAAGGCGGCGGGCGGGAUGCCGCCGUGCGCAAACUGCGGCGCCGCGAGGGUGUUUGAGGUGCAGCUCACGCCGCAGGCCAUCGCGGACCUCGAGGCCGGCGGCGAGGACGGGCUCGACGGCAUGGACUGGGGCACCGUCAUCGUCGGCGUCUGCUCGCGCGACUGCCAGGAGAGGGCCGCGGGCGACGGGGAGACCGGAUACCUGGAGGAGUGGGUGGGCGUCCAGUGGGAGGAACUUAUGGUGAAGAGGUGAAGAGACGAAAAGUAAUACACUUUGCGCAUGUUAGCGCCACAACUAGAGAAUCCGCUUAGACAAGAUGAGGAGCAAUCGAGUGCCAUUGAUGCCGA